ACGGACUGAUUAUCGGACUACAGGAACAGCUUUGGAAAUGAUAGGAAGUGUUCAGUGUUUUGUUGGAAAUUUACCAGAUAAUGUUGUCGUAUUCGACUCAUUUUUUGUUUUUUGAUAUUGGAUUAUAUAACUUACGUUUUGAUGAAUCUGCCGUGUUGCGUGAUUUGAAGACAUCUUGCUAACUGAGCAUGUUUUGCUCCGUUGGCAGGAACAUAUCUGGUAGCGAGUGUUUGACAGACUUUAAUCUUGUUGGCUGUGAGUUAAUGAGGUGAUUCAGAUCAUGGUGGAAAACUCUCCAUCUCCUCUGCCUGAGAGAGCCAUUUAUGGGUUUGUUCUUUACCUUGGCUCACAAUUUGGCUUCUUUCUGUAUUGCCUGUGGGCAUUUACACCAGAGGAGUGGCUUCAUUCAAUAGGACUCACAUACUGGCCUCAAAAAUAUUGGGCCCUUGCUGUGCCAAUCUAUCUGCUGGUUGCGCUGGUGAUCGCUUUAGUGGUGCUGUUGGGAGUGAACAUGAACAACACGGCUCCUCUGGACUCUGUUGACAACUUCACAGGUGAGGACAAUUUCACAGAUGUGUAUGCUCAAGGUCAGAGUACAGAAGACCGCCGCAAAGGGGGAAUACCAAGGCUGAAGGAUGUUUCCAUUAGUGAAGUCAACCAAAUGUUUUAUUUGUCAUCUAAGCUAUAACAAACAUAAAACAAUUUCAGCUGGAGGCAAAAAGAGGGGAAGCUGCUGGGGAUUUAAUGUAGUGUUGCUGUUCACAUUUUGUUGAUAUAAAUGUUGGCUUUAUUUAUUUAACCAAUGCAGCAUGGAUAAAAGGUGUGAUGGAUAAUAUUUCAGAUGUUUAACAGAUCUAAAUCUGGUAAAUUAUGUGCAUUGUCUGAAGAAGUUUAUCAUAUGAAUAUAUUAAACACAUAUGUAUUCUUUUUUUAAAAUAUAUAUAUAUAAAUAAAGAUUUAUCUUUUGUGCAAUAAA